AUGAGGCUCACGACAGACCUUAUUCGGGACUCCCUUUCCUACCUCAACCCACUGAAAGAGCGAGAGCUCGAUCUCCGAGGACACCGAAUUCCCGCCAUCGAGAAUCUGGGUGUCGCCGGCGCUCACGACGCGAUCGAUUUCACCGAUAAUGAUAUCCAAGUGCUGGGGAACUUCCCACUCUCGCCGCGUAUCUCGACUCUUCUGCUGGCACGCAACCGAGUGGUGACUAUCCAGAACACGCUGGCCACAUCCAUACCGAACCUGAAGAAUCUCGUUUUAUCGUCGAACAACUUGACAGAACUCGCGGACCUGGAUCCUCUGGGCAAGUUUUCGCACUUGACGCAUCUAGUUCUUGCGGAUAACCCCGUUGCGAAGAAGGAGAAUUAUCGAUACUGGGUUCUUUGGCUGUGCCCUACUGUACGGUUCCUUGAUUAUGUCAAGGUAAAGCAAGCUGAGCGAGAGAGGGGGACCGAGCUCUUUGGAACUCUAGAGGAGCCGACACCACUAGCAGUCGAGAUCAUGGGCCAAAAGUCUACCGCGACGGCCAUUUCGGUGAACGGAUCGGCGGCGCCAUCGAAACUGUCAAGGAUGAAGCUCACGGACGCAGAGAAGAAGAGACUUCAGGAGAAGAUUCGGAACGCCACAACCUUGGAAGAGAUCACCGCUCUUUCGAAGGAGCUCAACGAGGGAAGGCUGCCCUCGGGUAUUCAGGCCGAUGCUAUGGAGGAAUAG